AUGACAGUUGUGACGUUUGUGUUCAAGUUUGGACUAUACAGAGGAACAUUAGAGAAUGGAAGCUCCGUAGCGAUAAGAUGUUUAGUUUUAUCAAGAAAACUCUCUAACCAAAGUAUCAGAGGUCACUUGGAUUGUUUGUCUAAGCUCAACCAUCCUCAUCUCCUUAGCUUCUUGGGACAUUGCACUCAAACCAACCUAGGAUACGAACCUUCAGCGACCAUACUCUACCUUGUGUACGAGUACAUGCCCAGGGGGACCUACCAUGCACAUCUAUCAGAGUCUUGUCCAGAGAAGAUCCUGACGUGGCCGAAUAGGUUAGCGAUUCUGAUAGAGAUAGCAAAGGCAGUUCAUUUUCUUCACACCGGUGUGAUCCCUGGCUCCUUCAACAAUCAGCUGAAGACGAACAACAUUUUGCUUGAUGAACACAAGAUUGCAAAGCUUAGUGACUAUGGAGUCUCUGCCAUCAUUGAAGAGAACGAAAAGCUCCUCGAGACAAAGUCAGAAGGACACAAGUCAAAGUACGACGUGGCUAAUAGGACCAUUGCCCAGUACAAAAAGAGAGGCCUUUCUUCUCAACGAAAUGCUGUUAACGUUUAUUUGCAGUCGUCAUCUGGGAGCCAAGACUGUAGACGGAAGAUAGUGAAUCCAGCGGUGCUAACAACGAGCUCGCAUGAGUCUUUAGCUAUUGCCAUCUCAUUCUCAAUAGCCAACAAGUGCGUUUUGCUUGAACCUUCAGCAAGACCUUCUUCGAAGAUGUUCUCUGGAACUUACAGUAUGCAACUCAAAUGCAGUCUGCCGCUGACCCUGAACGCAAAUCUGACACGUCCUCGUGAAUCUGAUUGA